AGCGCGUUGGACUUGAAUUGAAAAGUGUAGUGUUUUUGGUUCGCAGUAGGCGAAGGCCCGUGUACCGAAGCUUUCAUUCAAAACUCGUUCGUUUCGCUGUGUGUGUGCGUGCUGCUGUCAUCAUAUUGCUUGCUGUGCGAUUGUGUCACCACCAGCAACAGCAGCAGUAGCUUUUUUUUUCUCGUUUCUUGCCAAAAGUGCUUGCCCGUCGACGUCCAUCAGCACGUAAUAUUAAAUGUCUCGCGCUGUUCGCGGUACUGCUGUGGAAUUCUUUAGACUUUUUGUCCUCCGAAAACGGUAAUCCGCGUAUGCCAAUUCAAUCGCAUCAUCGGAGAAUAUGUGGAAAACUAGAUUCGCGUGGAAAACUAUCGGUUUGAAAGCGAUCGCCAUCUUGUGUUUGUUCGUCGAUUGAAUACCUGAUUAGACAUCACGACAUUCUCCGGACUGCAAGAUUUCAUUCUGCAGCAGAAAGUGAACGUGUUUGUGUGUUUGCGAGGGCUGAUCCGAGCAGGAACGUAGAAAAAAAAACUCGCCAGAGGAAGAGAGUCACUGUUCAGCUGUUUAGAAAUUAGAUAAGUGCUUUAAAAGGCAGCGAAGAAAUCAAAUCCUUGGAACAAAACAGAAAAAAGAUGCAUUCGGCAAAGGGAGGCACAGCAGGAGCCGGAGGUUUUACUUACCUUUCCCUUCCAGAAGGCCAGAAGCAGGAUUCGGACAAACUAGCCACGGACAGUGCCGACGAUUGCGGGUUUCACUCGGGACAGAAUCUGAGCUCGGACAACUUCUCGAGCGUAUCGCACGAAACCCCACUGGAACCGUUGUUCGAGACGGCCAGCAAUCAGAAAACGGCACAACAGCAGCAGCAGCAGGAAGAGGAUUCGCAAACCUUUGAUUCCGGCGUAGAUCUCGAUUCGAGCCAACAGCUCCGCUCCAGCGAAUCGAUGAAGGUGGACAACAUGAACGAUCUCUGCAAAAGUCUGCAGAAGAUGCAGAUGAGCCGGAAGAGACCGACUUGGGAAAAAUAUUUUCAUCAGAACGACGAAGGAGAUACGUACCUCCACCUGGCCGUCAUCCAUAAGGCCACCGAAGUCGCCUGCAAGCUGAUACGCAUCGCCCCACGACCCUGGCUCGACCUUCAGAAUGACUUCGGUCAAACGCCACUGCACCUGUCCGUGCUGACGGCACAACCACGGAUCGUACGACGGCUGGUUCUGGCCGGUGCCGAGCUGGGCGUCCGCGAUGUAGAAGGCAACACGGCCCUUCAUUUGGCGUGCCUAAACAGCCACACCGACUGCGCCCGGGAACUGCUGACGCCACUCAGUCCACUCGAGCUGCAGCAAAGUAAUCCGGCCCUGCCAGCGUCGGUCAAAAUUCCACAGGAUCUCGAACAGUGGAACCACAACGGAAAAAGAUGUGUUCACAUAGCAGCCGAAAGGUCAAACAUUGAGAUUCUCCGAUAUCUGGUCAACGCCGGAGCCAACAUCAACGCACGGGAUGGCAAAGCCGGUCUAACGCCGCUGCACAUUGCCGUCGAGAGUGGCAACGAGUCGGUGAUGAACUUCCUGCUGGACGAGUGCCCCAAGCUGCGGCUCGAGCAGGAGACACUGGCCGGCCUGACCGCCUAUCAGCUGGCGGCCAUGCAGCAGAACGAAACCCUGCAGCACGGUCUGCAGAGCCGGGGAGCGGAACCGCUCAGCCCACCGGAGUCCGACUACGAGUACGACGACAGCGAGGAAGAUGAAAAUAUUCGCACGUAUUACGGCGCCGGGAGCGCGUUCUGUAACAACUUUGCAGGACUUUCCACGAUCAAUGUAGCUUAAUUUUCUGUUAUUUUCGACGCCAGAGCAUUACAGUAUCACUUUGAUUGACUGGUAGCCACUGAAAAUUGUAUUUUUUUUUUUUGUGAUUGACAAAUUAAUUGACGGACCCCCAUUGGAUUAGUGUUUAAUUGCUGUGUAGCCUUCCUACUGUAAUGUAUUAAUCUUUUUACUAAACGUUUCAUCAAUCCAAGACCAGGCCCGUAAACACUGUCAGCGAAAUAAUUGUAGCUAAACGUAGUUGGUAGUUUGUUUUUUCCUAUUAUCAACAGUUCAUUUCCUAUUUUUUCUAAAUCUUUCUUUAUAUUCUGGCUUGUCCGUAUUUGCAUAUCUUAAAUGAAACAAAAAAACACCGAUAUGUUAAACACAAUUGUACAUCUUGUAAACGAAAAAAAACUUUUUCCUAAGGCGAAAAGUACGCCUCACCUGUCGUAUUUAAUAGUAUAGUAGCGAUAGAUAGAAACCACAGCGCUUAGAUGAUGAGUAAGCGCAAGAUAUGCAUUAUCUAUAUCGAUGUCUUCAACUACAACAAAAAA